GAGUGGAAUAUAUGAAGAGGCAUUUAAAGAACACGAAGAGCGUUUCAAGGAUCAUGAGAUGGGGAAGGUGAAGACGUGGAGGACUGCUCUCACAGAAGCUGCAGAAAUGGCAGGGUGGGAUCAAAGAAAUGUUGCAGAUGGGCAUCAGGCGGAGCUUAUAAAGAAAAUUGUUGGAGAAGUGUUAACAAUAGUGAACCAGACAUACUUGGAUGUUGCCGAAUAUCCAAUUGGGCUAAAUGCCCACAUUGAGCGCAUAGGCUGUUUCCUAAAAAAUGGAUUAGAUGUUGAUUUACGGCUCUGGUGGAAUAGGUAAGACCACUAUAGCGAAGGCCAUUUAUAACCACAUGUUUGAAAGAUUUGAAGGUAGUAGCUUUCUUGCUAAUGUUAGAGAGUUUUCAAGCCAACAUAAGGGUUUAGCUCUCUUACAAAAACAGCUUCUCUCUGAUGUCUUGAAGAAAAUAGACAUAGACAUAUACAAUGAAGACCAAGGAAUCAUUAUUAUUAAAGAACGUCUAUGCUGUAAAAGAGUUCUUGUUGUUCUUGAUGAUGUGGAGAAUACAGAGCUAUUCUGUAAAUUGGUUGGAAGGCAUGAUUGGUUUGGUCCAGGAAGUCGAAUCAUCUUAACGACUAGAGAUGAACAUUUGCUAAAUAGGCUUGAUGUGGAUGAAAAAUAUAAAGUCAAGACAAUGAAUCGUAAUGAAUCCCUUCAACUCUUCAGUUGCCAUGCCUUUCGACAAGAGCAUCCAUUACAAGACUAUGUGCAGCUCUCAAAUGAUGUAAUACAUUAUGCAGGGGGCCUUCCAUUAGCUCUUGUGAUUUUGGGUUCUCUAUACAAAAGAAGUCCAAUUGAGUGGGAAAGUGAAUUGAAGAAAUUGAGAAAGAUACCCAAUGAGCGGAUUUUGGAAAAACUUGAAAUAAGUUAUAAUGCAUUAGAUCAUUUCAACCGGACUAUAUUCCUUGAUAUAUCAUGCUUUUUCAUUGGAGAGGAUAAAAAUUUUGUGAGUACAAUUCUAGAUACUUGUGGUCUGGGCGGAGAAGCUGGAAUUAAACUUCUCACAAAGAGGUCUCUGGUAACAAUUGAUGAAUAUAGCAGUCUAUGCAUGCAUGACCUCAUUCGAGACAUGGGAAGGGAAAUUGUCUGCAAACAAUCUCCUCAGACGCCGGGAGGACGUAGUAGAUUAUGGGAUGAUGCCGAUGCCAUUGAUGCAUUGAUAAACCUCUCUGGAACUGAUGUAGUUGAAGGCCUUCAACUAAACUGGUAUGGAUAUCCUGAAGUGGAACAGUUUGGCCCACUGAACAUUGAAGGAUUUUCUAAAAUGCCUAAUAUGAGAUUACUCAAAGUUGAUGGUUGUGUCAAAUUCAAAAUGGAUGGAGCAGAUUCUCUUCUGGAGCAGUUUUAUUGUUUUAGAAAGUUAGUGUGGGUUAGUUGAAAAGGAUUCCCCUUCGAAUAUAUACCAAGUAAUUUUCUUCUGGGGAAUCUUGUCAUUCUUGACAUGCAAAAGAGCAAACUUAAAGAAGUUUGGAAGGGAACUAAGUAUCUCACAAGAUUGAAGGAACUCAAUCUUUGUCAUUCUCCCUACCUAGCCCGUAUGCCAGACUUCUCAGGACUCCCGAAUAUUGAGAGACUGAUUCUCAGUGGUUGUGAAAGUUUGGUUGAAGUUCAUGAAAGCAUUGAUCUUCUUAUGAAACUUGUAUACUUGGCAUUAGAGCAUUGCUAUUGACUUGAAUCACUCUCAAUGCUUCCAUCGAGUUUGCGUCAUCUUUAUGCAUCAUUUUGCAUAGAGUUGAGAAGGUUACCAAGUAUGUCAAACUUGAGGCACCUACUGAUGCUAGAUCUUUCAUACUAUGAAAAGCUGAAUGAAAUCAAGGGUUUAUAAGGUUUGAUGUCUGCAGCAGCUGUAAGAUUACAUGGGUGUGUCAAAUUGAAAAGUUUUGUCAAGAA